AUGGCUGCACUGACAAGGACGACUCGGAAGCGUGCCCUCUCCCUCGCCAAGGACACAUCGACGACCUCAGUGGCCACCAUCAAGACUAAGACAACAACAGUGACGACAGCUACGACAGCCACAACGACAGCCAAGACCGCUGCCACCGUCAAGUCACCAACCUCCUCCGCAGCAGUACCAAAGCCUCGCAAGGAACUGCACCCCCCACCCUACGUCCACUCAACCCCCUGGGUAUCAAUCAAAGUCCCCCGUUCAGAACUGGACCUAACCACAACCCUGAAAUGCGGACAGUCCUUCCGCUGGCAGAGAGAGCAUCAGGAGUUACCCUCGGGCGAGAUCUCGGCUCCGACUUGGUCUUGUGUCCUUGAUCGACGGGUUUGGUUUAUUCAGGAGACAGAUGAUGGGUUCCGAUUUAGGACUGUUCGUCCCUCUUCCUCCUCUUCCUCCUCUCCCUCUUCCACCCCAACCUCAACAACAACAAAGUCAUCACCAGCACCCGCGGCGGUUACUUGGAGGGCGACAGGCAAGGAAGAAGAGGAAGAGCUGGAGAAAGUUGACAGGGCGUUCUUGAGGGACUAUUUCCAACUGGACGUACCGUUGACGGAGCUGUACACCAAAUGGUCAGCGACGGACAAGAACUUUAAAGCGAAAGCUCCAUUCUUCCCGGGUGUCAGGAUGUUGCGUCAGGACCCUGUUGAGAACUUGUUUUGCUUUAUUUGUAGUUCUAAUAACAACAUCAGUCGCAUCACCCAAAUGGCGGCGAAAAUGUGUUCUGAGUAUGGAUCACCACUCACAGUCCCUCCAGCAGUCAUCGACCCUCUCGACUCUACCAUUUCCACUACCAGCAGGACAUUUUACGAAUUUCCAACAAUCGCUGCGCUGGCACAGGACGGUGUUGAGGAGACGCUUCGUAAUCUCGGAUUCGGGUACCGGGCGAAAUAUAUCGCCACGACAGCUAGGAUGAUCCAAAAGAUGGAAGAUGGAGAGGCGUGGUUGCAUGGGUUGAGGAAGCUGUCAUAUGAGGAUGCGCAUACUGGGCUUUUGACUCUUCAGGGCGUUGGACCUAAAGUCGCCGACUGUGUCUGUUUAAUGUCGCUAGACAAACACGAGACGAUCCCGGUGGAUACACACGUCUGGCAGAUUGCAGUACGCGACUACCGGUUCCGGUUCGAGGGCAAAACACCUAAAACUAUCUCUCCGGCGAUCUACAAGGCUGUAGGGAGGCAUUUCGUGGACUUGUUUGGCGGAUAUGCGGGGUGGGCGCAUUCUGUGCUGUUUGCGGCGGAUCUGAGGACGAUUGAGGGACGGGUGAAGGAGGAUCCUGAUGUUGUUAAGGUUGAGGUCCUGGAGGAAGAUGACAGGGUGGUUCUUAAAGUUGAGGUAAAGGAGGAAUUGGUUGUUGUCAAACAGGAGGUUGAAGAGGAGACGGUGGUAGCAGAACGUAUUGAGGAUAUCAACUUGGAGGAUCCGUUGGAUAAUGUGUCCAAGGGUCGUCGGGUGUCCAAGCGAAGGAAGGCCAGCCCUAUCGAAGGCCGCCUCUACAACACCCACGUCCUAAUCUCCCCCCAGGGCACAAUCACACAAACCUACCGCAAGAUCCACCUCUUCGACGUCGAUAUCGCCAACGGCCCCCGAAUCAUGGAAUCCAAUUCCACCGUCGCCGGCGAUCAUCUCGUCCCCCCUGUUUCGACACCCGUCGGCAAGAUUGGUCUAGGCAUUUGCUAUGAUCUCAGGUUCCCUGAGAUGGCGCUUGCGUUGAGGAAGAAGGGGGCCGAGAUUCUGACGUAUCCCUCGGCUUUUACUCUCAAGACUGGCGAGGCCCAUUGGGAGGUGUUACUGAGGAGUAGGGCGAUCGAGACGCAGUGCUAUGUGGUCGCGGCAGCACAAGUUGGAAAGCAUUCAGAAACACGUACAAGCUACGGACACGCCAUGAUCGUGGAUCCUUGGGGAAAGGUGUGUACACAGUUCGAUGGGGUUGACGAAGGGCUCGCCGUCGCGGACAUCGACCUGUCGAUAUUAGAACGAAUCCGCGCCGAGAUGCCUGUCCUCAACCACCGACGCGACGACAUCUUCUCGUAG